UGCUCUCCCUUUAAAGAGAGAAGAGAGGAGGAGCAAAAGGAAGAUGAAUUUACCGCAGUGGAUUUUAUAAUUGACUCUCGCAUACAGGUCAGAGGGGAAUGUGUGCAGAGCUGCCCGGAUCUAACAUGAGUGUAAAGUAGCUCCAGGACGGAAGAAACUCCAGACCCUGCUGCUGCCCGAAGUGAAACAACUCGCCCUGCCCAGCCGUUUCGUUCCUUCCCAGCCCUCCCACCGUGUGCCAUGCAGAGAUGCAUCCAGCCAGUAGAGGACGGGGUAGGUCUCCCCCGGCCGUCAGUCAGUAGGGGCUGCCCGGCUCGGGACGAGCUGAUCCCGUAAUAAGGACUGACCCUGGCGGAGAGGGGAACGCGCAUAGCUGGGGGUGCCCGGCCCCGCGCCGUGCUUGGAAGCAUCGCCCGCUCAGCGUCUUCCUCCCUCCAGCCCCGGCGCCGGGUAAUCCCGCGCUACCUCACGCGAAGAGCUGCCCACUAACUUCGGCGCCGACGCCAGCUCUGCCUGCACGGCUGCGGGCAGGAUGGGGGCUGCAGCGUCCCCCCUCUGCCCCGGGGGCAGCCAGCCCCUUCCUCUUCCUCCUCCCACCGCCGAACCCCGCGCUGGGGCCCCUCUGGCACAGCUUCUUCGCGAUGUCCUGCCAGGGGCGGAGAGCCCGCCCCGGAGCGCCUGAGCACCGGCUGAGCCUCAGAACUGCGGACAGCUCCCAGCGGCCCGGGCUUCAGCACCGCGGACAGCUCCCGGCCGCCGCGGGCAGGGGCCAGGGCGCGAGGUGUCGCCGGGCUCUGCCGGCGGAGGGGACGUCGGUGCCCGGCCCCGGACCUGCUCCCUGCCUUGGUGCCCCGGUUUAUUGCGUACUGCCGGCAGUCCUCUGCUGUAGCAGCACGCCGCUCUGCCGACAAGGACGCCGAGGGAUACACACACACACACGCUACCACCCGCCUCGCUCACGGAGUCAGAAGAGUGCUUAUUCUUGGGCUCAGAGUCUGUUUGUCUUCUGUAGAUUGGGAUUUACAAGCUUGGACAGUGCCUGUUUACAGCGGUGUAUGAGUCUACAGACCCCGAGGUGCGCUACGGAGUUAGAAAGAAACCUCGAAUCUGUCCUGCUGUGGAGGGGUAAAAUAAACCCCAUACAACCAGCAAAGCCAGCCUAAGCCUUCCUGCCUCACUGCAACCAACUUUACACCCCCAACUGCGAGAAUUCCCUCCUUUCCUCCUCCCUCCAUGCUCCUUCCUUAUGAGACUGUAGGAUGAGGCAUUUCCUUCUAUCUGGCUCAGGGUAAAAGCAUACCCUGGGGGCAGCAACACACAUCUGGCAGGGACUGAAAGGUUUUAAUCCAGCCUCUACUGCAAUCAACAAUGGCAAAUGAACCGGUGAUUCUGAAUGUUUAUGACAUGUACUGGAUAAAUGAAUACACCUCCACCUUGGGGAUUGGUGUCUUCCACUCUGGCAUCGAGAUCUACGGCAGAGAGUUUGCCUAUGGAGGGCAUCCCUACCCUUUCAGUGGGAUUUUCGAGAUCACACCUGGCAGCGCGGUAGAACUUGGCGAGACCUUUAAAUUCAAAGAAUCCAUUGCCUUGGGCACCACAGACUUCACAGAAGAGGACGUGGAUAAGAUUAUGGAAGAGCUGGGGAAGGAGUACAAAGGAAACGCAUACCACCUGAUGCACAAGAACUGUAAUCACUUCUCUGCUGCUCUGGCUGAGAUACUAUGUGGGAAAGAGAUCCCCCGCUGGGUGAACCGCCUGGCCUACUUCAGCUCGUGCAUCCCCUUCCUCCAGAGCUGCCUCCCCAAGGAGUGGCUGACCCCAGCAGCCCUGCAGAGCCACAUCAGCCUCGGCCUCCACAAGGAGGAGCAAGGGGACACAACGGAUGAGGAGUCCCCCUCCACCUCCGCAGCCCCCUCAGCCUCAGGCACAUCGCGAACCUGUAGACAUACUCGGGUCUAAACUGUGCCCAGUAUGCCUCAAAUAACAUCUCCCUCUCUCUUGUACUAUUUCUUUCUCAAACCCUUUCGCACACCUUGGUUUCUCUCUUCUCUCCUUCAAUGGACAACACAGGGGAGGGAAGACCCUUUCUACUAAGGAGGUGAAGCUUCAGUCCCUUUUCCAAGGGCUGCCACUACAGUUGCUUGGCAAAAUGACUGUGAACCCCAAUGCUGAACUGAGGAGCGUGGCGACUAAACUGGAUUCUCCUCCCAGGCCCCCCAUGCUCCUCGAUCCACAGAGAACUGCCGUCUCUCUCGUGCAGGAGAGCACACGUAUGGGAAGGGGGGCACCAUACUGUGAUGUUCCUUCUCUGGAACCGUUUUAUCUUUUUAUCUCUUCCUCCACCCAUGUGAGCCCAGCAGGCUCCUCUCUAUUUUGGCUGGGUUUGCCAUUCCCCUAUGACAAAUCUCCUGCCCACACCCAGUGAAGGAAGCAGAGCCACAACUCAGCCUUCUCAUCUCUUAGACCAGCAACAAGCUCCCCUCAGCCCCAUCCCUUUUGUAAUUAUCAGGUUUCUAACUCAUAUGAAGGACAAAUGAAAGGUGCUGCUGUUCUAAACCCACCAGUUUUCGAUACUCAAAUUUAAGAGCUCGAAUGACUGUCCUGCUCUUGAAAAUAAUAACAAAGAACCUAGAAAAUGAAUGUGUUACAGUGGCUUUUCUUUGGGGUCAAAAAGAGCAUGGGGCUAGCACUUAGAGGCAGCUACCAAGUAGGUGCAGAGAUGACUGUUGACGAUAUUGGUGCUUUUUGGCACAGACCCCUCUCAGUUUCCCUAAUUGUAGGCAGCAUUCCUUGUUUCCUUUUCUCCCUGGGUUCACUGGGGAAUCUCUCUCCUAGCUAACAUUUGCUGGCUAUCUUUGGGGGAAUGGCCCUCCUGAGCACAAGGAGGAAGAGAGUGAAUCUGUUGGGAAGGUCAGUAUUCCCUUCAGCUUUUCCUCCUGCACUCACAGACCUAAAACGUGGCUCCAGAGCCAGCCUUCCCCAGCCUAUUUUUGAGCCAACCCAAGAAGGUUAAAAUAAGUGGUGAACCCAAAGAAUGUCAGCCUGUUUUCUUCUCCUCCCUUUUUGGAGGUGGAGGGGGAAACUUAGGGCCACAUCUGGAAAGCAUGGAUGACCCUUCCAAUGCAUGGGCCACCAUGGUGCCUUCCAUUGUGUGCACUGUUUCAGUGGCAUGAAAAAUAGGCACAGUUGGCUCACUGGCCUCUCCAGGCAGGCUCUUGACAAGAAUCUAGUCCUUGGAUGUAUUUAUGCUCAUUCUGACAACUAAUGAGAAAGCAGAGGAGGAAGAAAGGACAAGUACACCAACACUUCCACUCAAUUACCUCACUAGGACUUCUACUCAGAAGAUGUAGGAGAGAAUCAAAGGGGAAAUCCAGGCCCCCUCUCUCCCUUGCAACUCCUCUUGGGUACACAAAGGAGGAUGAAAAAGGAACAGGCACAAUCUUGAGAGGGGGUUGCCGUUUUAGAAAUGCUGUUCCCAACAGCUACUACCUAGUCAGGACUUCUACCCUCCACCCAGAAAGAACUACAAGCCCUUAAGAUGGGUGGUUGUUUCCUUUUAUUGGUCGCAAUAGCAUGCUAAGUCCAACCAGCUGUUUCUUUAGCUCAGGAAUACAGAAGUGUGUGCUUUCAGGGCUGAAGGUCUUGGCUACGAUGUACAUCACGUCUGCAUAGACAGCGCUUAAUGGUUUGUUACAUGUGCAUGCUCUUAGAGAAGCAGGAGGCUUUGGAGAGAUCUAUUGGAUGGAAAUAGAACUCCCAGGAUGGUCUCACUCCACUGCCUCCUGAAGUGAUGCAUGCUUAGGCAACAAACCUUUACCACGUGCCUCUCAUUUUCAUCCUCCGAACAAAUUGCUACAAGUUCUGUACUGAACUAAAGUCAUGUUCCAUAUUAACCUUGGCUACUCACAGCCAAUACUGCAUUGUGAGCAAUUCUGCAGCUCCUGGUAUCCAGUCCAGCACCAAUCUUGAUUACCCUGGCUUGUCCAGGAAUGUUUAAUAAGAUUUCCAUCCUGUUCUCCAUCACGCUGCCCAGAAACCUCAUUACACAAUGUACUGUUGCACUCUCUAUUUCCCUGCAGUCAUGGCCAUUGCAGCCUAAACCAGCAGUGCAAGCUCCAUUUGUCUGAAGUUCCCAGUGUGCCUGCCAAUAGCCAGCAGCACAUUAUGUGCAGUGAAUUUUAAAAUCUCUUUUUAGGUCAUUCUCUGGAGGAAAGUGAGAAGAGGCCUUCCCAGAGCUUUUGCCUAGGCCAGGGAAACUGCAGUCAGAAACACGUAGUUCCUGAUGUGACAAAAGCCAGCCAGCCAUCACCCUCGUGUUUCUGCUCUGCACCCGAGCUCCAGAUGAAGCACCAUGUAUACAUCUAGGAGAGAACUAGGGCUCCAGAGGCAUGUUUCACACACAAAAACCCUCUCACAGUAUUUCACAAAAUAAAAAACGCUUAACUGGCUGUAUGGUAACCCAGACAAGAAAGUUACAUUCAGCCUCCUUGGGGACAUGAAUAUGUGCUUGAAGUAUUGGGAACAACACUCGGGGUUAGCUGGCAAUAUCAUAAAAAACAGAUGUUUGUUUAUCUACUUUUAUGUUUGUCUGUCUGUUUAUGGCAGUAGGGGUCACAUCGAGGAGGGAUCAAACCUCUGUUGUAAAUCAAAACCAGAAUAUAUUCCAGUCUUCAAAAGCGUUUCUCCCUACCUGUCUCUGUUCAAGGUGACCGACCAACAAUGACAAGAACAAAGGGACACUGUGGAAAUAAAAUAUAUAUUGAUGAUAGCUUUACCUCUGUGAUUUAAUAGCAUUUUAGAUU